AUGGCCGAACUCAGUUCUGAUAGUGCUGCAAUUAAGAGAAUAAAGAAAGAGCACGAACUUCUUGAAAACGACAGAGGGAAUGAAAAAAGGAAAGAUUCAACAUCAAAGUAUAUCAAAAUAGUUCCUUUUGUUUCUGGAGACUUCUUUACAUGGGAGGCAUACCUGACGGCACCUGAGGAAAGUGUCUAUAAGGGAGGAGUUUUCAAGCUUCUUAUAACGUUCUCAAAUGAAUAUCCUUUCAAGCCUCCAAAGAUAACAUUUAAGACACCCAUCUACCAUCCAAAUAUAAAUUCCUCUGGAAUGAUUUGUAUAGACAUCCUUGGGAAGGAGUGGUCUCCUGCACUUACAUUGAAUAGUGUUCUACUGUCGCUCCUCACUCUUCUUGAUGAUCCAAAUGCUGAUGAUCCCUUGAGACCAGAAGUUGCAGAUAUAUAUAAAACGAACAAGGAGGAAUACAGACAGAGGUGCCGGGAGUCUGCUAGGAAGGCCAUGGAGAAUAAGAAAUAA